GGCUCGGCGCGGACUAUGUACAGGAGGAAAAGAGGACGUUGCUCGAAAGGGCUCUCCUGCGUAAAGGGAGCGCAACUAGGGAAAGGACAUGGGUGAUACUAGAUCGGUCUUGAAGGAUAAAAUCAAACCUUAGCUCCAGCCGGAGGAACAAACGCUCAACCAUGGGUACGGAGUGGGCCAAGGGAAAAAAAAGACAACAAGUGCUUGAGAGACUACGGACGGUUUGGCAUGUGUGCACGAAGAGGCAGCAAGCGUGGGUUGCGUUCAUGGGGCGGAUGUGAAGCUGAUGGGAGGUAUCCAUCCGCUCAGCGAGUGCAGAUGUCCCCAGGCGUGGCUGGGCAAGGGCGGUACGUACCGCUCCCUGCUCCUUUUUGCAAGGGUGCCUGGGAGUCCAAGGAGGGGGGCGGCAGCAGCCAGCAGGCUGCGUCAUAUGGGUUGGGCAGGGGUCUUGCAAUUGGAGCGUUGUGCAUUUCAAAGCCGAAGCAGACGAGGCGGCUGCUGCCCUUGGUCCCUGCACGUACGUAUCUACCAGAGCAGGUAAGUACCUAUUCUACGGCCGGGGGAGAGGGGGGCAUGGAAGCACAGAAGGGGGGAGGGGCAGAAGGGACAGACGGGAAAAAGCAUGGGACGGACUUGUCGAUAGUGCUGGUGCGCGCGUGUGUGUGUGAGCGAAGCCGCAGUGGGUAAGAGGUGUGGGUGUGGACGUGGAUGUGGACGGUUGAUUGCCUUGCUUCGCUUUGCGCUGGUCUCUGGUGCGUACGCUACCUACUGUGGUACGGGUGGAGGAAGGCAAUUGACAGAGGCAAGAUUGGGAUUAGGGAGGGAUGGUGGAUGGUCGAGGAUGGAAGGAGUGGACGGACUGUGGAGCGGAUCAGGUCGCGCUGC